AUGGUUAAACCAAUUAUUGCUCCUUCUAUUUUAGCUGCUGAUUUUGCCAACUUAGGUUGUAAUUGUAAGAAAGUUGUUGAUACUGGUGAUGUUGAAUGGUUACACUUAGACGUCAUGGAUGGUCAUUUUGUGCCAAACAUUUCCUUAGGUCCUCCAAUUAUUGAAAGUUUAAGAAAGCAAUUCCCUCGUGAAGGUGAAAAGCCAAUUGUUUUUGAUUGUCAUAUGAUGGUUUCUGAACCAGAUGAAUGGAUUGAAGAGAUUGCAAAGGCUGGUGGUGAUUCCUAUACUUUUCAUUUUGAAGCGACCAAAGACCCUGCUAGAGUUAUAAAAAAGAUUAAGGAGCAUGGGUUAAAAGCUGCCAUGGCUAUCAAACCAAGAACUCCUGUUGAAGAAGUUUAUCCAUAUGUUGACGAUUUGGAUAUGGUCUUGGUUAUGACUGUUGAGCCAGGUUUUGGUGGUCAAAAAUUUAUGCCUGAUAUGAUGCCAAAGGUUGAAAAAUUGAGAGAAAAAUAUCCACAUUUAGACGUUCAAGUUGAUGGUGGAUUAGGUAAAGACACAAUUCAACCUGCUGCGGAUGCUGGUGCCAAUGUUAUUGUUGCUGGUACUUCUGUGUUCAAGCCAGAAGAUCCAAAACCAGUUGUUCAACUUUUAAAGAAAACUGUUGAUGAUGCAAUCAAAAUUAGAUCCUCUUAG